AUGGCUACCUACGCUCUGUCGCAGUCCCAUCGGGAGUUGAUGGAGAAACACCUGGCGGAGCUGGAUCCUGAGGUUGCGGAGAUUAUGCAAAAAGAGAUCCAGCGUCAGCGAGAGUCCAUCAUUCUCAUUGCUUCGGAGAACGUCACUUCUCGCGCUGUCUUCGAUGCCCUUGGGUCUCCUAUGUCCAACAAGUACUCUGAGGGUUACCCGGGCGCUCGCUACUACGGAGGCAACCAGCACAUUGACGCCAUCGAGCGGACCUGCCAGGCUCGCGCUCUGCAUGCCUUCCGUCUGGACCCUGAGAAAUGGGGCGUCAAUGUUCAACCGCUCAGCGGUAGUCCCGCCAACUUGCAGGUCUACCAGGCUCUCAUGCGCCCGCAUGAUCGCCUGAUGGGAUUGGAUCUGCCUCAUGGUGGCCAUCUGAGCCACGGUUACCAAACCCCUCAGAAGAAGAUCUCUGCAGUGUCGACCUACUUUGAGACCUUCCCUUACCAAGUCGACCUCGAGACGGGCAUCAUUGACUAUGACACUCUUGAGAAAAAUGCCCAGCUCUACCGGCCCAAGAUUAUCGUAGCUGGUACUUCGGCCUACUGCCGUCUCAUAGACUAUGCGCGCAUGCGCAAGAUCGCCGACUCUGUCGGCGCCUACCUGGUUGUCGACAUGGCCCACAUCUCUGGGCUGAUCGCGGCUGGUGUCAUCCCCUCCCCGUUCGAGUACGCCGAUGUGGUGACUACGACGACGCACAAGUCGCUCCGUGGUCCCCGUGGUGCCAUGAUCUUCUACCGUAAGGGUGUGCGGAGCGUCGACCCCAAAACCGGCAAGGAAACCUUGUACGAUCUCGAGGGUCCCAUCAAUUUCUCUGUCUUCCCGGGCCACCAGGGAGGCCCCCACAACCACACCAUCACGGCUCUGGCGGUGGCUCUUAAGCAGGCGGCCACUCCAGAAUUCCGGCAGUACCAGGAGCAGGUGCUGAAGAACGCCAAGGCUGCUGAGUUCGAGUUCAAGCGAUUGGGCUACAAGUUGGUGUCGGAUGGCACUGACAGCCACAUGGUCCUUGUGGACCUGCGCCCGCAGGCACUUGAUGGUGCUCGAGUCGAGGCUGUUCUGGAGCAGAUCAACAUCGCCUGCAACAAGAACUCAGUUCCCGGGGACAAGUCUGCGCUGACGCCCGGCGGUAUCCGGGUUGGCACACCGGCCAUGACCAGCCGGGGUCUGGGUGAGGAGGACUUCAAGCGCGUGGUUCAGUACAUCGACCAGGCGAUCAAGAUCUCCAAAGAGGUCCAGAACCAGCUGCCGAAGGAGGCGAACAAGCUCAAGGACUUCAAGGCCAAGGUUGCCUCGGACACGGUCCCUGAGAUUGUGCAGCUGCGCAAGGAGAUUAGCGAGUGGGCCAGCACCUUCCCUCUGCCUGUUUAA